CGAGCAUUAGUAGCGGAUCGAGUUUGUUACCACAUUGCCAACAACACUAUCUACACAUGCAAUUACCGUUUCACUGCAAUUCGUUCACUUCAAAAAAUUUCCAACCACUAUAAAUACACCACGCACAUUCAGCGAAAUAAUAUAUCAAAACUUUGAGUUUUAUAAUACUUCCUUUACAUUUCAGCGUGAUCAUUCAAUUUUGCAUUUGAUUCUUUGAUUUCGUUGCUAUGGAUAUUGAUCUUUCUCCUCAAUUGGCGAAGAAGGUGUACGGAGGUAAUGGUGGAUCGUAUUACAGUUGGUCACCUUCCGAGCUUCCAAUGUUGCGUGAAGGGAACAUUGGUGCUGCAAAAUUAGCUCUUGAGAAAAAUGGUUUUGCUCUUCCUCGUUACUCUGAUUCUUCUAAAGUUGCUUAUGUUCUACAAGGAAGUGGAGUUGCUGGAAUUGUACUCCCAGAAUCAGAAGAGAAAGUUAUUGCAAUUAAGGAGGGCGAUGCUUUAGCACUCCCCUUUGGUGUUGUGACAUGGUGGUUCAACAAGGAGGACACUGAGUUGGUUGUUCUGUUCUUGGGAGAUACUUCGAAAGCACACAAAACUGGCGAGUUUACCGAUUUUUUUCUGACUGGUUCUAACGGAAUUUUUACUGGAUUUUCAACCGAGUUUGUGGGGAGAGCUUGGGACUUGCAUGAAGAAAACGUGAAGACCCUUGUCGGAAAACAAUUGGGUCAAGGGAUUGUGAAGCUUGAUGGAAGCAUCAACCUUCCUCAGCCUAAAGAGGAACACAAGAAGGGUUUGGCCUUGAACUGUUUAGAGGCUCCAUUGGAUGUUGACAUUAAGAAUGGUGGAAGGGUUGUUGUGUUGAACACUAAGAACCUCCCUUUGGUUGGCGAGGUUGGUCUUGGAGCUGACCUUGUGAGGAUUGAUGGAAGAGCUAUGUGCUCUCCUGGAUUCUCUUGUGAUUCUGCUUUACAGGUUACUUACAUUGUUCGUGGGAGUGGCCGUGUUCAAGUUGUUGGUAUCGAUGGCCGUAGAGUUCUGGAUACAACUUUAAAGGCUGGUAAUUUGUUCAUUGUGCCAAGGUUUUUUGUCGUCUCAAAGAUUGCUGACAAUGAUGGAAUGGAGUGGUUUUCUAUCAUCACUACCCCUAAUCCUGUAUUUACACACAUGGCUGGAAGCUCAUCGGUGUGGAAGGCGUUAUCACCGACGGUUCUGCAGGCUGCUUUCAACGUCGAUGCAGAAAUCGAGAAAUUCUUCCGUUCAAAGAGGACUGCUGACGCCAUUUUCUUCCCUCCUUCAAAUUAAAGUAGAAUGGAAAAAGUGUUAUAAGCCAUUGACAAUAGUAUAUUUUAUCUAGUAGCAGCUGUUUGAAUUUGCUUGAUGUUUGUUCAUUGCCUCAAUUGCUUGUUGGGCUGACCUCAAUUUACUCUUUUCAAGAUACAAUUUUUCUAUAAUGAGUUUUACUAAAGACAAUAGCUGAUAAAUAAAAUUCAGAUUC